GCAGAGAAGAGUUCACUCUUAGUCACAGCCUGUGACUAUGAUGGAGGCAUUCCAUAGGCGCUCCUUGCUUGUCUACCAGCCUCUCUAGGAUCUUCUUCUCCUGGCUUCUCACUUAUUCCAUGAAGCAGUACAAGGAAAAUGACCAGUUAUAGCAGAAGGCUGAAACUGAUGCUGAUAAUGUGGACCUGGCUUCCAAGACUGAACUCUCAGGACCUGGAUCCUGCUGGAAAAAAUGUCUGCACAUCUGACAGUGUCACCAAUGGGCUGGUGUGCUGCCCAGGCUGGAAACAGGAAGGGAGAGAGUGCACAGCUGCAAUCUGUGAGGGGGCCGAUGCCUGCAAAACAGAUGAGAUCUGCAUAAGACCAGGAGUGUGUCGUUGUAAACCAGGUUUCUUUGGUGCUGAUUGCAAUUCACCAUGCCCUGAUCAGUACUGGGGUUCCGAUUGCAAGCAGAGGUGUUCAUGUCAUCCCUUUGGAAAAUGUGAUGGGGCGACUGGCAAAUGUACCUGCUAUCCUAAGAGAUGGGGGCCUGCUUGUCAGAAUCCCUGUCACUGUGGCCCACACGGGUCCUGCGACCAACUCACUGGAUCGUGUAAAUGUGAGCCAGGCUGGUGGGCUCAGCACUGCAAUAAACAAUGCGUGUGUAACCCGGACACGUCUCACUGCAACCAGACCAAUGGACAGUGUAUGUGCUACAGCGGAUGGUGGGGGUAUCGAUGCAGCAUCAAAUGUAACUGCAACGGAUCUCCCUGCCUACAAACAAAGGGAAACUGCAUGUGUCGGGAAGGCUGGUAUGGACCGGGAUGUGAACACCAGUGCGACUGUGUGAAUGGGAAAUGCAACUCCAAAAGUGGUGAAUGUGAAUGUUACAUGGGAUACAAAGGAAAAAGAUGUAUAGAUACGUGUCCUGCUGGAUAUUACGGACCAAAAUGUGAAAAAAGAUGUGGAAAGUGCAAACUGGGCCAAACAUGUUCCCCUUUCAAUGGCUCCUGUGCGUCCUGUGAGCCUGGCUGGACGGGAACACGCUGUGAUUUGCCUUGUCCAACGGGAUAUUAUGGAGAGAACUGUACACAGAAUUGUCCAAAAUGUCUUGGGGAAGAAGAAUGUAGUCGAGAGAAUGGAACCUGUUUAAACUGCGAUCCUGGGAAGACAGGAUCCAGGUGUGAGUUUUUUUGUCCUGCUGGAAGUUAUGGGAGCAGAUGCGAGAACUUGUGCCCACUCUGCAUCCAUGGGAAUUGUGAUCCAGUAACAGGGGAGUGUGUCUGUGACUCUGGAUACUGGAAACCAAGCUGCAAUGAAACAUGUCCUCAUGGAUAUUAUGGAUCCAACUGUUCAAGCAUCUGUGAUUGUAGUGAUGGCAUGUGUGACCUAAAGCAUGGAAGAUGUCAACUAACAUCCAGCCAAAAAGCAGCCAUAGUCGCUGGGGUUCUGGUUCCUCUCUGCUUGUUAUUGCUCCUCUGCUGCUGCUGCUGUUGCUGCUGCUGUGGGAAUAAUGAAUCCGAGGGUAAAGACAGAGUAUCCAACAGUGACAGAGGAUGUUUAUCAAGAAUGAAGCACAAUUUCCAAGGAGCCCUCGUUAACGUAGGCUCCUUUAUACCAUGCUGUUCUGUUGGGAAUGAUAAAGUUUCCUGGGUUACUGUUUCUCAUCAUGACACAGAACUGCCCUUCAACCACAGCUUCAUUGAAUCCCCCUCUACAGGCUGGUUAUCUGAAAACUCCUUUUCUUCAUUUGAAUCAGAUGAAGAUGGACCUGUGUACUGUGUUCCUCCAAGAGAAGGAAUGUCUGUUGCUGACUUGGAUGGGUUUCAAGAAAUAAGUUCCAAAUGCAAUGUAUUCCCUGAUGCCAUGGCUUUAAACACAGAUGAUGUAUCCGCUCCAUUUUCUAUCCCUAGAACUUCUAGCAAUGCAAAAUCCAAAAGACCAUCUGUAUCAUUUGCUGAAGGAACCAAGUUUGAGAGUAGAUCAUCUAUAACGGACACACCCCACCUUGUUCGGAAACCAAAACUUGCUUUGAGUCUCCCUAAGUUGUCCUCUAUACAGUCACAGACAGUGAAUGCAGAAGAGUCACAAAAGGGUGAAUAUAAUAAUGAGCAUUAUGAUACAAUAAACUGUAAUCCUGAAUCAGAGGACCAUCCCAAGCUCCAGAGAAGUGGUCCAGUUGGCCGCCGGAGGACAAUGUCUAAUGCUCAAAAGGCAUCUUUUAAAGAAGUGACAGAGGUUGGCUUAAAAGAAAACUCUGAAAUGAAACGGAAGGUUCACAAUAUUUCUACUCUUUAUGUGACUGUUGGUCAUCCAAGAAAGCCUUGUAAGCCUCGCAGAAAGUCAGAAGGCAAUGUGGAUGGAGCAGUACAGGCAGUGUUGAAACGGUUUGGCAGUUUUCAGAAAGGAAUCCCAAAACCUACAAGGAGAAGUUUGUUACAGUAUUCAAACUCAAAAGUUACUCAGCCAAAGGAUGUUUAUCCAGAAGAGGUCAAACUUAUGGCCAAAAACUCUUCAAAUGAUAAAGUACAAGACAGACAAACAAAUCAAAUAGUUCUUCCAAGUUCUUCUAUCAUUAAAAUACACUUGUCUGAUGGUAGCAUAGAGAAAGCAGGCAAUCCUGAUAAACCUGAGAACAUGUAUUCCAACUUGCAUGAUCCAGAAAUGCUGGAACAAGCCCAAACUGUUGAUCACAUUUACCAAACUGCAGAUGGUAGAGAAGAUGUAGAACCAAAGUAUGAGAACAUAAGUAUAUCAAACAGUUGUGUGAACAAUGAACUGGAACCAUCUCCCUUAUAUGAAGAUGCAGAAAUGAACUGUGAUAAUCCUAAUUCUUGAAAUAUUCUGUACAUAACAAGCAUACAGAAGAAUAUUAGUGAUUGUCCGUAGCCUUUUAAUCAGUACUAUGUUACUUGAGCCAUCCCGUAGGCUGUUUUAUAUGAAUUUGAUAAUAAAACAUGACUUGUAAUAUG